GACAGCUUCAAGCAAUUCCAUUUUGCUUGCAACGAUGGCAGCUGCCUCAGAGGAACAACCAGUCAUCAACAAAAACAAGAGGCAUCGAAAGGAGAAACGUAAGCAUUUAAAUCUUCCUCAACAAUCCUGGAAAAUCGAUCCAUUCCAACCAGAUGACAACAAAGGCGGCGUAUUCACCGAAGAAUCCUCUUUCGCAACCCUUUUCCCAAAAUACAGGGAGAAGUACUUGAGGGAGGUUUGGAGCGCCGUGACCAAAGUUCUAGACACACACGGUAUCGCAUGCACAUUGGACUUGGUUCACGGCUCCAUGUCCGUCCGGACAACACGUAAAACAUUCGAUCCAUACAUCAUACUCAAAGCAAGAGACCUCAUCAAACUGCUCGCUAGAGGGGUUGCGAUCACGCAGGCUCAGAAGGUAUUACAGGACGACACAACGGAUAUUGGACCGGAUGGGAGUACGUUGAAGGCCAUUGAGUUAUUAACCCAGUGCUACAUUCUCGUACAAGGGAAUACCUCCCUAAAGGAAGUCCGACGAAUAGUCCUCGAUUGCAUGAAAAACAUUCAUCCCAUCUACCGCAUCAAGGAGCUCAUGAUAAGAAGGGAACUCGCAAAGGAUCCCAAGUUAGCAACAGAGUCCUGGGACCGGUUCCUCCCCAAGUUCAGGAAACAACAUCUGAAGACCUCCGAAAAGACGAUCAAGAAGAACGAGAAAGUCGCUGCUAAGGAAGACGCACGCAAGGCUGCAGGCCUUGAUGCAUCGAGUUCUGCCAAAAAGGAGAAACCAGCAAAGAAAGUGUACACACCCUUCCCUCCGCCACAGCAACCACGGAAGGUUGACCUUCAGCUUGAGUCGGGAGAGUAUUUCCUCAAGCCCCAUGAGCGGGAGGCCCGGGAAAUUCAACAACGAAAACAAAAGCAAGCUGAAGCAACGCUCAAACGAAAAGCGGAACGGGCAGAUGCAGCCCCUACAGUUGAAGAGAAGCGAAAGCGACGGCAUAGGGAUACGGAUGACAAUGAUAGGACGGCGAAGUCGAAAAAGAAGAAAAAGGACAUUGCUGCCUAG